CCCAUCACACGUACACACCUGGGCUCUCGUCAGAGGGGAAAAGGGGGCAGUGUCGCACCUCACUGCCUGUCACCACUCCAGAUGUGCUGAGCUGGGGUUACGCUCCCCCACACUCGCAGACGCACUUCUCGCAGACGCACUUCUCGCAGACGCACUUCUCGCAGACGCACAUGCUCACACUCGCCACUCCAACUCACACUCAACCCAGGAGAUCCAGCCUGUCCUCAGAAGGAGAAAGUUGCCAUCUUCGUCUCCAUCUUCCACAGAGGGGAGCUGCCAGGGGGGUCUGAGGCGACCUGGACCAUCAAAGACAUCAUCUUGGACUGAGAUGAGAUCCGCCACACUCGUCUUGGAGUAGGAGACCUUCAGACAUCAUGGGCUGUUGUCUUGCCAAAGGAAAACGAGAGUCAAACUCCGGCGCAGACACAGCAAAUUCCACGGCACAAGACCUGUACCGGCCCGUGGUGGUAUCCCUGUAUAACUACCCCUCCUCGGAAGGGACGGCAGACGGUGGCAUCACGCUGGGGGAGAGACUCGACAUCCUGUCAGACGAAGGCGAUUGGUGGAGGGUGAGCUCAACAGCGACGGGCAGGCAGUGUUACAUCCCCAGCAGCUACACUGCUAAGGUCUACCACGGGUGGCUUUUUGACGGCAUCACCCGGGAGAAAGCUGAGCAACUGCUGCUUCAGCCCCACAACCAGCCCGGCUCCUUCAUGGUCCGAACAAGCCACACCCACAUCGGUACCUACUCCCUCUCCAUUCGCCGUGACACAAACUCUUCUGGCAGCUCGGUGAAGCACUACCGCAUCCACCGUCUGCCCAAUGGCUGGUUCUACAUCUCGCCAGGGAGCACCUUCCCCUCGCUGUCCCAGCUGGUCGAGCAUUACUCAGAGGUCAGUGAUGCUCUCUGCUGCCCCCUACGGGAGCCGUGCUUUAUACGGGGCUACAACAAUGUCCCUGUGAUAAGAGGAACUCCACCCCCACCUGUCAGGAAACCCCCACUCAACUGGAACGAGGUGGAUAGCACCAUGAUCUUUGGUCAGAGCGAGGGAGACCCUGGAGAGAACCCGAUGAGUGAGGGGCUGCGAGAGGCCAUCAACUCCUACUUGCUGCUGACGGAGGAGGCCAGGUGUGAAACCUGCAAUGGCUGGGAGACCUGAGGGACCGAGUAGUCACACCAGCACCAUGUGCCAAAGAGACUUUGCUGCACCACCAUUGGUCCCCACCAGGGGGGCGCAUAUGUGUGGUUGGGGGGGUUGCCGGUGACUGUUUUGCUGCUCCUUCCUGUUCUGAAAUGCAGGAGUCGGGUCUUUCAGGCCCAGAAUGCCUUCCACUGCUGUACAGGGCCUCGAUACAAAGACUGAGAUCACAUGACGCCAGCCACCGGCUAGAGCGCCCCAGCAAGGACGGGGGUGGAAACAGUCCGGCUGCACAAUGGCGGGAGGAUUUUGUGGGUUCCGCGCCGAGAGGCGGCACCACAAAGGAAUCCCAUCACCCAGGCUGCUGUGGGGUCUGAACUCGGUCACAGCGACAGCUGCUUCAUCCCGAACUGCAGCUGAGCCGGCGGUGGAGGUGCCAUGUUUAAAAAAGCACAGGCCUUCAUGUAAAACAGCUGCACUACCAGUCAAAAGCUUUUGCACGCCACAGGUUUUUACCCACUUAUCCAUUUAUUUCAUAAACUGUUGAUUUUUUAUUCUUGUUAAGCAUCGGAAAGUUGAAUGAACAACUAUAAAUGAAAAUAUAAGUCAAAUUAAACAAGUUUCCUUUAUAACAUGGAAGUACAUAACGAUGCCGGUCUGACAUCCUAUUAAUUGAUUGUGUGUUGAUAGUAAAGUCAAUUCCUAGACUGCCCUUUGAAUGCACUAGUCAACUGGUUCAUCCCAUGAAACAGAGCAGUAUUUAAUGUUCCUUGUAGAAAGAAUGUCUUGAAUUUUCUCCCCUGUUAUAACUGCCAGAGGGGGUUAUUUUGAUCAAUUACAAAAUGUGACGUUUUCUUGUUAAUAAAGGUACUGAAGUGGUGAACAUACUGUAAAUGUAUUUGUUACCAAAGUAUUUUGUGUAUUAAGUGAGUAACAUGCAAAUGUAGAAAAUCUCACUUUUGUGUGCAAAAACUUUUGAGUGGUAGCGUACAUUUGCACACAGUUUACUGUGAGCUUAAACCAUUCCAGUUGGGAACAUUAUUUUAACUGUUAUUUCAAUGGAUUUCAGCAGAUUUUUGCUCAACUGCAAGAAAAUAAACCAACUUCUAAAUUCA